AUGGGAAGUGAGACCCCCAGAGGACCAGGCAUAAGGACCAUCACAAACCGGGGCAGCCGGCGCCAUCCAGGUCCGCUUCCCUUCAGCGAGAGCAGCACCCGUGCCCCUUCUCAGAGCUACUUGGAACACUGCCGGGAGCAGAGUGCCAGCCAGAGGGGCACCGGGAACCGGGGUGACGUCCGAACUCUGCGAGCCUGCGCCCAGCUUCCUUCCAGCGCAGACCGAUACACCAGUGGUGCGAAUCCGCCAGCCCCGCCCGGACCCCGAGCCGAGUCGCGCCCGCUGGGCUGGGGCUGCGGAGAAAGUGCAGCGGUUGCAUCUCACCCUCUCCUGUCUUCUGCACUCAGUUACUGCAGCAAGGAGGUGUACAAUAAGGAAAACCUUUUCAACAGCCUGAAUUAUGAUGUCGCAGCCAAGAAGAGAAAGAAGGACAUACUGAAUAGCAAAGCCAAAACUCAAUAUUUCCACCAAGAAAAAUGGAUCUAUGUUCACAAAGGAAGUACUAAGGAGCGCCAUGGCUAUUGUACACUGGGGGAAGCUUUCAACAGACUGGACUUCUCCACUGCCAUUCUGGAUUCCAGACGAUUCAACUAUGUAGUUCGGCUGUUGGAACUGAUAGCAAAGUCACAGCUCACAUCCCUGAGUGGCAUCGCCCAAAAGAACUUCAUGAACAUUUUGGAAAAAGUGGUACUGAAAGUCCUUGAAGACCAGCAAAACAUCAGACUGAUCAGAGAACUGCUGCAGACCCUCUACACGUCCUUGUGCACGCUGGUCCAGCGCGUCGGCAAGUCAGUGCUGGUGGGGAACAUCAACAUGUGGGUACACCGCAUGGAGACAAUCCUGCACUGGCAGCAGCAGCUGAACAACAUCCAGAUCACCCGGCCUGCCUUCCGAGGCCUCACAUUCACCGACCUGCCUCUGUGCUUGCAACUGAACAUCAUGCAGAGACUGAGUGAUGGGCGUGACCUGGUCAGCUUGGGCCAGGUGGCCCCCGAGCUGCACGUGCUCAGCGAGGACCGGCUACUGUGGAAGAGACUUUGCCAGUACCACUUCUCCGAGCGGCAGAUCCGCAAGCGAUUAAUUUUGUCAGACAAAGGGCAGUUGGAUUGGAAGAAGAUGUAUUUUAAGCUUAUCCGAUGUUACCCAAGGAAAGAGCAGUAUGGAGACACUCUCCAGCUUUGCAAACACUGUCACAUUCUCUCCUGGAAGGGCACUGACCAUCCAUGCACAGCCAACAACCCAGAGAGCUGCUCUGUUUCCCUUUCACCCCAGGACUUUAUCAACUUAUUCAAGUUCUGAUCUCAGCACGCCUUGGCGUUGACUGGAUGGCUAGGAGCGUGGAGCUUGGACACUUCAUUUGUAAAUAGUGUACGUUCUAAACAUUGGCUUGAAACUUCUGAGAUUAGUCACCAAGAAGACGCUGGAGGGGACGGUGCAUUUGCUGACGGGAAUUUAAGAAUGUGAAUUUCACAACUGGUAUGGAAAAGCAAAAAUACUGUAAAUAAACUUUUUUCCUAACAAUUUACCAGAAAGACUAUAAGGGCAAGAAUUCUGUGUCAACCAUGAAAAUGGAAUUCUCUCAAUGUUCAAGGAAACACCUUUGUAUAGUUGUUCCCUAGGAAGAAAUAGGCAAAACUUAAAUACAAGGUAGAAUGCUCUUUGUUUACAAUGUGAAAGUUUGUUUAGACAAAAAACAAGAAAGUCAAACAUACAAACUACAUAGGAGUAGUCCUGAGGCUUUUGGUUUGGAUUGUGUGUAUCACAAAGGCAAAGAGACAGCUCGCCCCUGAAGUGCACAGCAAAGGCCUCGUCCCAUGAAGAUGUCACACAGUGGUCCACCUCUGAGAGCACAGAAGCGCUCUUAACAGCAUGCAUCACCUGGGAGGCCGUGUCUGUGUUUCUUGAAAGGUUUUUUUAUCACUAUAAAAAGUGAUUUAAAAUGAAAAAGAUAUUGGAAGCAAUCCUCAUCUUGUUUCAGACUUCCUUUUUAGGCAAAGAGGGCCCUGUUUGGAGUUUGAUCCUUCCUAAAACGGUCUGAACAGUACAUGUGCCUUUUUUUCCUUUCUCUUUGGAGCUCACUUGGGAGCUAAUUGAGAACAGCUCCAGAGAAGUCCAGACUGCAGAAAACAGAACUGGGCACCUCACAGAUGUGAAGACUUCCUUCUUCCAGUUUGACUUCCAGGCUCUUCUGGCUUCCUCGGAUAGCUUCAUGGAUAAGCAGUAUCUGUGAACUGACUGGAGCCCAGUGCCAAGGCUGGGGAGAUGGACAGGCUUUCCAUUUUGGCCAAUAAAAUGUUUUGCCAGCUGCUGUUCCCCCUUGGCAGGGUGAAGAACUGAGGAGCUUUCUUUUAAGUCCAACAUCAAAAUUGAGUCAAUAUGAGCAAGGGCCUUUUUUCAAGGGUGAUUAAAAACGAAGCCUGCAGUUCAGGCCAAAGAGGUGAAUGAGUUCAUCUUAAAACUUGCUUCAGGGAUAGAUCAUUAAGGACAGAGUUAAAACAGAUUCCAGGGGAUCUUGCGGGGCAAAUUUUAGCAGAUCACUGUGGAAGAAAGGAAAUCUCAGGAUCUAACAUGUUAUCAGCAUGGAAGACAGUUGGGAAUGUUUUUGUGUUUUUUUACUUUUUAUAGAUUGUUGCUUUUCUACAACAAUGUACAUAUAUUUGCAGUUGUAUUUGGUUUAUGUCCCCAAAGUUUCCACCCUGCAUGCCUUUGGCAAAUAAGUGAAGCAGAAAUAGGAACUUGGUUUUGCAUUCACUUUGACCCAUAAGCAUUGACAUGGGAGGAGGGAAAGAUAACUGAGCAUGUGCAGAAACAAGGAAGGGACAGCUAGUGAUCUACACUUUCCCAUCCUUUCUCCAGUACCAUAACCACCCGCAGGUCAGCUCUGAAGAGACGCAGACUUAGUGUUCCUCACUUCGCAGUAUUUGUGCAGGAUUUCUCAAUAUUUCUUUCAUUAUCAUCCCCCUGAGAAGGAAAAAAAAAAAAAAAA